AUUUCCCUCUCGCCAUGUCCCGCAGAACUUCCAAGAAAUGAAGAACUUAUUGUUGGAUCAACUCAACGACUGACUCACCUAGGUUGUCUGAAGGAAGCAAAAUGGACGCAAAGAUAGUUUUUUCGUUGGUUCUUCUUCUUGCUUUAGGAAACAUAACCUUUUUUAGUUGUGAGCCCGUUUCUCUUGCUAUUGGUGGAAUUGGUGCAGUCAUUGCAGCAGCAGGCCUUGGGAAACAAGGAUAUUGCUAUUUCAAAGAGUGUUGCCAACUAAAGUGGACCUAUCAUAAUAUCACUGGCUUGGAGCAGUACCUAGAAGCAAAUGUAUUUGGACAGCAUCUUUUGCUGAAAAUUGUUACUAAAGCUAUAAAAGAGCAUAAAGAGGACAAACAUCCUGGUAAACCUCUUGUUCUUUCAUUCCAUGGAAGUACUGGAACUGGAAAAAACUUUGUUAGUGGAAUUAUUGCACAACAUCUGUAUGGAAAAGGAUUGGAUAGCAAUUAUGUACACCGUAUCAUUUCCUCGCAUGAGUUUCCCCUGCAGGAUAGUGGUAAACUUGAUUGGUAUAAGGAUAAAUUGAAAAGAAUGAUAAAAGAUGGAAUAAUGAAGUGUCAAUAUGCAUUAUUUAUUAUUGAUGAAGUUGACAAGAUGCCACCAGGGCUGAUAAAUGUAUUGAAGCCGUACCUUGAUUACAAUGACAAAAUUGAUGGCUAUGAUUUCCGAAAAUCAAUAUUUAUAUUCUUGGGUAACACUGGUGUGGAUGAGAUAAAUCAAGUAGCUAUUGAUUAUUUCAAACAAGGCCUUUUGCGAGAGGAUAUCUCUAUGAAGUCAAUGAACAAGCUCCUAAAGACUCUAUCUUAUCACACAGGAGGUAUGGUCAAGUCAACUUUGAUAGACCAUCAUUUGGUUGACUUUCAUGUACCCUUCCUUCCACUUGAGAAAGCACACAUUCGUUCAUGUGCAGCUGUAGAAUUUAAGAAAAGAAACCGAAAGUAUGAUGAAACUCAUAUCGAACAAGUUGUUAAUGAAAUAGAGUUUUUUCCACAAGGAGAGGACAUAUACUCUGUGUCUGGCUGCAAAAAUGUUAAAAGAAUUGUUCAAGUGAUACUAUAAAUCAAGUCUGAAGGUAUUGCUGCACACAAACAUCUCUGAUUUUGUUUUCAUCUGUAGAUUUAGAUAUCCAAUUGUUCUUUGCUGUCAUGCAUACAAAGUUAACAAAGUGAACAAACUGAGACCUCAGCUUGUUGUGUAGUACAACAUAAAUAUUUUCAAAUGUACCAUUUCGGUGUUUGUGCUGCCAUGAUGAAAUUUCCUUGUUCAAUAGCUAGUUCGAAACGUUAAUGUGGUGCAAAGCUUAAAAUUCAUAAAGGCUGCUCUUCCAUUACUUUGGUCGUAAAAUUUCUUUUAAAAAGAGAAAAAUACUUUUAGAAUGAAAAUCUGAAUGGUUAUGGACCUUUUAUAAUUUAUAAGCUACAGAAGAAUUUACAAAUCUUGAUGAUAUAGGCCUCUAUUUUAUUUAUUAAGGCUUUCCUCCAUUUGAGUCUUGGGUCCGCACACUCUAAGAUGGUCUAUGGAAAAGCCUAUUACUUUGGAAGCUCGAUUAAGUCCCCCCCCCCCUUGACCUCCCUUGCCACCAUUCCUGAUUUUCUCUUAACAACAAAAUGCAGCAUAGUUUCUCAAUUUAGAAGUCGAGAUUCUCUGUAACAAGACAUUGUUAACGUGCUAAAUCGUCAAUUAUUGCGAUCGGAAUUCCUCAGCAGCACGUUGCAAACGAUAUAAACCCCCUGGAAUAAGAUUAAAUUAAUAAGUAUACAGCACACUCGAUCUCAGUACGGUAUAUCACUUACGUACGGUCAAUGUCGCCUUAUGUGAAAGGAAAUUGUUCCUUGUAACUUAAUGAGCGUUGAAUCGAGCAACGCCUCACAACCACCAUGAAUCGCAUCUUCUGCUUUUUCAAUCUUCGUACGCUCCUGUAUCAUGCCAAAAUUUCAUGCCUCUCUCCAAGUACCUGCUGUCAUAAAAUGUUUUCUUAAUCUUCUUCACUUUUAACAUGCCUAUGUAAGUAUCUAAUUGCCUACCUUCAAUUUUGAUAAAAUUUGCAACCAUCAAAUAUUAUUAAAUUUUUAGCAUAAUUCGAGUUAUGGGACGUGGCAUCCGAAAUGUUAUCUAUUUUUAGAAUUCUGAUGUAUGGAUUAGCAUCUAUUUUAAGGAUAUUGUGUAACGCCAGCAUAUUCCCAAAGGUUGUAGACAUUAUCAAUUUCAUCUCGUGCCCAUCUCC